AGCUGAGCUGCUCUUUCUCCUCUCUUCACCAUGGCGACUGGAACUACCACGGCGACGGCUGCGGCCACCAGUGCGGUGAAGGUGAGCCCUCAAGGCGGGAUCCUUGAGGGAGGGAAUCCGACCCAUUAUGACUCCAAGAACCCGCUGGUUCUGUUUAUCAUUCAGGCUGUAAUCAUCAUCGUGCUCUGUCGCCUGAUUCAUUGGCCCCUUUCAAAGAUUCGUCAACCUCGAGUUAUUGCAGAGGUUAUCGGUGGCAUCGUGCUGGGUCCCUCGGUGAUGGGCCGGAUUCCAGGCUUCACCGAUACCAUCUUCCCCACUGCCAGCAUCCCAAGCCUCAAUGUCGUUGCAAACCUGGGUCUUGUCCUCUUCCUGUUCCUGGUGGGACUGGAGACGGAUCUCCGAUUCCUGGUGAGCAACUGGCGUGUGGCGUUGAGUGUUUCGGCUGCUGGUAUGAUUCUACCAUUCGGUCUGGGAAGUGCCAUUUCCUACGGUCUAUACCAUGAGUUUCAUGAUGACCCCAGCACGGUGCCCAUUCAAUUUGGUACCUAUCUGCUGUUUAUUGGUAUUGCGAUGGCCAUUACCGCCUUCCCAGUCCUGUGCCGUAUCUUGACCGAGCUGAAACUUCUCGGGACUCGGGUCGGUGUCAUCGUUCUGUCCGCUGGCGUUGGAAACGAUGUCGUCGGUUGGAUUCUGCUCGCUCUUUGCGUGGCUCUUGUAAAUGCGGGAAGUGGAAUCACCGCCCUCUGGGUCCUACUGGUUUGUACAGGAUACAUGCUUUUCCUCUUUAUUGUCUUCAAGCCGCUCUUCUAUCGCUUCCUUGAGCGUACAGGAAGCUUGCAGAAGGGGCCUAGCCAGUCGGUCGUGACCUUGACGUUGCUUAUUGCCCUUGCAUCUGCCUUCUUCACGCAGGCAAUUGGUGUCCACGCCAUCUUCGGCGGCUUCGUCAUUGGGCUAAUCUGCCCCCACGAAGGUGGCUUUGCCAUCAAAUUGACAGAGAAGAUUGAAGAUCUUGUUGCAGCCCUUUUUUACCCCUGUAUUUCACACUUUCUGGUCUAA